GAUAUGCAGUGUAUUACCUAUGUGCACCUUUCCAGUGAUAAAGUCACAUGUUGCAUCACAGCAAUCUGUGUCCUCCCAAGUGGACAGGUCCUGGUUGUAGAUAAUGAUAAUAAAAAAGUCAAGCUGCUGAACGAGCAGUACCAGGUGGCGAGUUACUUGGAUGUGUACGCUGAUCCGCAGGAUAUGUGUAUUAUCACACCCAGUAAGGUAGCAGUGACUGUGAAUGGUAACACAUUUAGUCAUUAUAACAUUUGUGAAGUCCAGUUUAUCACCAGUCACCCGGAGCGAGCUUUUUCGAGGCAGUAAGCUUCAGUUACAACAUGACUGUAGAGGUAUUGUCCACCACGAAGGUGAACUGUUUAUCUACUCUGGUUCUGUGUUGUUCAAUUACUUACUGAGUGGGAAAAUUAUCAGUGAACUGUACGAGGAUAGAUCAAUGGAGAGGUGUGCUGUGAGUCCCACAUGGGACAGGCUGUUCAGAACCACCCCCUCCCAGCACAAGCUCCUCGCCCUGGCCAGGGAUGGGACACUCCUGGCUACAUUAACACACCCAGAAUUAGAGCCCCCACAUGGUGUACACGUUAUCCCUGCAUGCCAGGUGCUGGUCUGUGGAUGGCGGUCACACACUAUGCUACAGAUUGACAGUGAGGGGAGAAGGAAGCUUGCCACUCUGGUUGAAAAGAUGGAGGGAUGGAGGGACCCACUGUCAGUCUGCUACAGCAGAACGACAUCUUCCAUUAUUGUGGGACAGUGGAGGGACAAUAUCCUUGUAUUCAGAGUGGAAUAGUGUGAACAUGCAUUUAAUAGUUGUUGUAAUAUGUGAUUUAUAUUAGAAUUGCAAUGUGAUGUUCUGUAUAAGAACGUGUAGAUUGUGAUAUGUUUAUUACAUUAUGAUAUAUUACAGUAUUAACAUGUUUGUAUAAUGGCAGACAGGUAUUUUGCGACAAAACUGACCAUAAGAGUUAAUCUUAUCAUAUUAUUGUGACCUAGCCACUAAAAUAAGUUUUUAGUUGACACAAAAUUAUGCACUUCUGUUAAAUCAUCGUUAUAGUAAAUGGGUUGAGAAUAUAAUAUUAAGUGUCAUUUAUUGUCCAGUGCCAAUGCACAUGUAAAAUAUCAAGCCCAUUGGUAAAUUAGUUGAAGAGUUAUUGAUUAGAAACAAU